AUGAGACAUUAUCGAGCUAUCCACCGCUCCUUCUCUCACGCUGCAAUGCUUGGAGUCGGUUACAUGAUUGGAAAAUCUUACCGUUUCGGAUACAAGGUCUAUCAAUCGCCGAACGACCCAGAUGCAUCUGAAGUUUUAUUGCGAGUAGAACGAAAAGAAGGUGGAUAUCCAAUGUUUUGGGUAAAUCCCUGGUGGAAUCAUCACUAUCAUCACUGUUAUCAUCCAUCACAUCAUCAUCAGAAAAAUGGAACAGAAACGCAAGUGAAUACCGAGAUAAAGACGAAUCCAGAACUUCUAAAGGGAACAAUGAGCUGCCAUGGAUGCUAA